AUGGCCGCCGGCUCGCCAGCCCGCCCCGCUGGUCGCCCGCGGUCGGAGCGCGCGGGGCGGGGCCGGGGCGGGGCCGGGGGGCGGCCACCCGCUCGGCCCUCCUUCGGCGCCCCCGCCCGCCUGCCUGCGGCCGCGCCCUCGCGUCGUCCCCCCCCCCCCCCCGCGCCCCCCGGGCCGCCCGCGCGCGUCCCGCCCCCUGACUUCCAGCAGCUUCCAGCCGCCCCCUCCCCACCUCUCGCGCCCUCGCGCCAGACAGCCCCGCGGCCCAAUCGCGGCGCGGCUCCUCGACACCCGCAGCCAAUCAGGGGCCGGCGACCACGCAGUGCUCCGCCCCCAUCCCGGGCCCCCCGGGGCCCCAGAGUCCGGCGGAGGGAGGACCAGGGGCUGUCCGGGUGCGGCUGGCCGACGGCUCGCGGCAGGCCUCCAGCCUCUAGUGGGGGCUUCUCCACCUCCUCUCCCCGCCCCCCCCUCCCCCCCACCGCUUAUCCCUCCUUCCUCCUCCUCAAGCGCGGCGGCCAGCCCACCCCUCUCCAGGAGCAGCGGUGGACAACAAAGGGGAGCCGGGCGGCCGCCGGACAAAGGCGAGCCGACAUGCGGGGCGCCGUCGAGAUUGCUGUUCAGUCGUGUCCAACUCUCUGCGACCCCAUGGACUGCAGCACGCCAGGCCUCCCUGUCCAUCGCCAGCAUCACAGGAUUGCUGUGGGGGAAAAAACAAACAAACAAACAAACUUGGGGCUAGUUUCCGGUUGAGUGUGCGUUUCGGUCACCCUGCAGCCCACCUGGGCCUGGAGGGGUGAGACUGGUCCCCUUCGACGCCGCGAUGGCGCCCAGCCCCAGGGAGGGACGCAGUUCUCACCCGUGCCGGCGGCCUGUGUGUGUCCUUAACUGCCAGCAUCCGCAUCCCAGGACCGCCUUGCUCAGAUGGAACGCUCUUUCUCAGCAUUUCUUAAUAACCCCUGAAGCGCCUGCUCCCCUGGACUCUUUUCUAUUGUGCUGUUACCAGCGUUCGAUGUGUGCUGGUGUGUGUGUAAUGUAUAUCUGUUCAGUGUGUCAUAAAUGUGAACCAUUUGAGUUCUUCGAAAA